AUGUUCGAAAGCGGCAUGAAAGAAAACGAACAGAAUCGGGUAGAAAUUACCGAUGUGAAUGAAAACAUUAUGGAAGAAAUGUUGAAAUUUAUUUACACUGGAAAGUGCGAAAAUUUGGAUGAACUAGCCGAAGACUUAUUAAUAGCUGCUGAUAGAUUCGAUAUGAAUGAUCUGAAAAGGAUUUGCGUAGAAUCAAUUUAUAAGAAGUCUUUAUCCGUAGAUAAUGCCCUGAAGAUAUUGAUAUUGGCAGAUCGGUAUGAUGCGAAUAAACUUAAAUCAAUGGUGAUUGAUUUCAUCGUUGAUAAACAGUCUGAAAUGAUACAAUUGCCCACUUGGGACAGCAUUAUGCCAAUGCAUCCUCUACUUCUGAACGAAGUUUGUAAGGUGGCUUUGUCUCGAACGUCCAAAACGUCUAAGGAAUAA